CGUGUCCUCCCCGCGAUGCUUCCCCUGCUGCGCUGCGUGCCCCGCGCCCUGGGCGCCGCUGCCACGGGCCUCCGCGCCGCCGUCCCCGCCUCGCCGCUCCGGCAGCUGCUGCAGCCCGCGCCCCGGCCGUGCCUCCGGCCCUUCGGGCUGCUCAGCGUACGAGCGGGCUCCGCGCGGCGCUCCGGCCUCCUGCAGCCCCCGGCGCCCUGCUCGUGCGGCUGUGGAGCUCUGCACACCGAGGGAGACAAAGCCUUUGUUGAAUUCUUGACGGAUGAAAUUAAGGAAGAGAAGAAAAUCCAGAAGCAUAAGUCCCUUCCCAAGAUGUCUGGAGAUUGGGAGCUGGAAGUGAACGGGACGGAGGCUAAAUUAUUGCGCAAAGUUGCUGGAGAAAAGAUCACUGUCACUUUCAACAUUAACAACAGCAUCCCUCCAACAUUUGAUGGUGAAGAGGAGCCCUCACAAGGGCAGAAGGCUGAAGAACAAGAGCCAGAACUGACAUCAACUCCCAAUUUUGUGGUUGAAGUCACAAAGAGUGAUGGCAAGAAGACCCUUGUACUGGACUGUCACUAUCCUGAGGAUGAGAUUGGACAAGAAGAUGAGGCCGAGAGUGAUAUUUUCUCUAUCAAGGAGGUUAGCUUUCAAGCCACUGGUGACUCUGAAUGGAGGGAUACUAACUACACACUCAACACGGACUCCCUGGACUGGGCCUUGUAUGACCACCUGAUGGAUUUCCUUGCUGACCGCGGGGUGGACAACACUUUUGCAGAUGAGUUGGUGGAGCUCAGUACAGCCCUAGAGCACCAAGAAUAUAUCACCUUUCUCGAAGAUCUCAAAAGUUUUGUCAAGAGCCAGUAGAACUGUCAAGAGACUGAGGGCUUUAAUUUAAAUGGCAAGCUUUGGCCAGUGAACAAAAGCUACCUUGACAUCAGAAUUAUGCUUUGAAAUGGCUGUCAUCCUAAUACCAUGGGAGGAAGGAAGCAGGUUUGCAUUAUUGCUGCUACGCUUCCAACUGCUACUCAUUUGGGUGUUUUUCUCCUGUAUAAAUCUAUUGUUUGUAGGUUUUUGUAUAACAUAAUGAUGGACAAUAAAAUUGAUCUUAUCUCCUCCAAGAAGAAUCAGAUUCUUUUUCUUUUGCCCUGCAUCAGAACACCAAGAGCAGAGAUGUUUGAACAGUUUUAAUGUAAAAUAAGUUAUAUACAAGAGGCUUGUGCAUGCAGAGACCCUCUCAGAGGGAAUGAGUUGUCAGCCCAGCAGUGAAGUGUGAGGCCAGGAUGACUAGAGGAUCACAGCCCAAGUGUCACAAGCCUGGAUUAAACAGAAAACAAGUUAGUGUAAAUUACAUUCUAGCCAUGAACUAUUAGGUGAGCUGGUCUUAAACUCCUGGGCUCAAAUUAUCCUACCUCAGCUUCCCAAGCAGCAUACGUUGUCAUGCCUGCCUGCUUGCUCUUUAACUGCCCUUUCCAUCCUCUCCAGUACUUGGUCUGAAACUGACAUUUAAAAGAACUUGGUGCACACCUUUCAUCUCCAGCACUGGAGAGGAGGUAGGCACAUCUCUGAGUUUGAGGCCAGCCUGGCAUAUGUAGCAAGUUCCAGACCAGCCAGGGUAGACCACAUUUCCCCCAAAAAAGAAUUUAACAUGAGCUCUGCUACCAUUUGAAAUUCUACAAGGCUGAUGUGCCAUUUCUCUUCGUGUGUGUGUGUGUGUGUGUGUGUGUGUGUGUGUGUGUGUGUGUAGGCCUCAAGUUGACAGAUGUCUCCCUCAAUUGCUCUCUAUUGACCAAGGACUCCAGCUGAACCUGGAGUUCCUUGAUUGGCUAGUCUGUAGUCAGCUUGUCUCAAGCAUCUCCCUGCCUCUGGCCUCGUGAACUGGGGGAUUAUAGGUAGCCACCAUGCCUACAUGGCUUUUUUGUUUGUUUUGUUUUUCGAAACAAGGUUUUUCUGUGUAAUAGCCCUGGCUGUCCUAGAUCUCGCUCUGUAGACCAGGCUGGGCUCAAACUCACAGAGAUCCGCCUGCCUGGGAUUAAAGGCGUGCGCCACCACCGCCCGGCCCCUACAUGACUUUAUAUGGGUUCUGGGAUCCAAACUCAGUCAGGUCCUCAUGCUUGCAAAAGAGCCAUCUCAGCACUGCACUUGCUUUCUUUUUAUUUUAUUUUAUUGUUUUUAUUUUUCGAGACGGGGUUUCUCUGUGUAGCUUUGCGCCUUUCCUGGAUCUCGCUCUGUAGACCGGGCUGGCCUCGAACUCACAGAGAUCCUCCUGCCUCUGCCUCCCGAGUGCUGGGAUUAAAGGCGUGCACCACCACAGCCCGGCUUGCACUUAAACUUUCUAAGAAGGCAGAGGCUGAGGUCAUUUGGCCUGUGCCUCUUCAACUCUUCCACUUUAGUUCACUUGUAAAAACCCAUUAACGGCCGGGCGGUGGUGGCGCACGCCUUUAAUCCCAGCACUCGGGAGGCAGAGCCAGGCGGAUCUCUGUGAGUUCGAGGCCAGCCUGGGCUACCAAGUGAGUUCCAGGAAGGGUGCAAAGCUACACAGAGAAACCCUGUCUCGAAAAACCAAAAAAAAAAAAACCCAUUAACUACAUACAGUGGGUGUAAGAAAAACAAGUGGGAGAAAAAUAUUCCUUGUCUUCAAAAACAAAGACAAACAGGUCACUCCAGCAGUGUUAAGGGAAACCUGGUGUCAGGUACAGCUGGAGCCCAAAAGUACUGGACAAUUUUAUGUGUGGUUCAGGUUACUACUGAAUAUCUGGCACAUUGUAGCACUCAGUGACUCCAAAGUUCCCCUGUUUGGAACCUGGAAGCUAUAAUAUGUCAUAUAUACUAACACUGGUUCCCACAGCAAACUCAUUCCAUAUGCUUCAAUUCUUCGUGCGUGUGUGUGUGUGUGUGUGUGUGUGUGUGUGUGUGUGUACACACAAGCACACUAUAUGUUGUGGAAGACAAAAGACAAUUUGCAGGAACGUUUCUCUGCUUCUACCACAUGAGGUCCAAGGCUUGAACUCGGGUUGCCAGGCUUGGCAGCAAGUGCUCUUACCUACUGAGCCAUCCUGCCAGCCCAACAUCCGGUUUUGAGACAGGUUCUCACUAUGCAGUCGAGGCUGGCCUUAAACUCCCUGUUUCAGCCUCCCUAGUACAGGAUUACAGGUAAGUGCUACCACACCCUGCUGAUACUUUCUGUGAAGUAAAUCCCUCAAAAAAAAAAAA